UGUUUCUGAAGAAUUUAUGUUAAUGUGCAAUACCGCGAUUGUCCACUAGAGAGGGGACUUACCCAAUUUAUGGAUAAACUGAAGCCAAAACGUUAUUUACUAAUUUUAUGUUUGAUAUUCGUUCUGAAUCUGAUCUCUAACUAAAUUCCUUCACAAAAAUGCAAUUGUUUCAGCUUUUUGCUAAAAAAAAAGUGUAUUUGUAAAGAAAAAUACCAAUAUUUAAGAGUUUAUACGCAGGGAAAAAAUAGGAUGAAACAGUUUUUCACUUUUUUAUUGUUUGUUUGAAAGUAGAGGGUCUGUUCUUUCAUUUGAUAAAUUUGUAUGUUUAUAUAUUUUUAGAAGAAAAUUUUCCUGGAAGGCAUUUUGUAAAACUUUUGUGAAAAUCAUAAAAAAUGCUGGCGGGCAACUUUUCGAAAAAUGGCUGGCGGGGAAUGAGUUAAUGUAAAAAAAAUCUGUUUUUAAAUAAAAUAACCCAACAAGCUUAUUUAUGUUGCAUCAUAAUUCAUUAAUAAUAAUAACAUUAGACCAUUUUUAUAACUUGAUAAAAAUUAUAUGAAGAAACAAUAUGAAAUAAUAUAGCUGCUGUUAAAAUCAUUUAACAUUCUUUAAACAGACAAAAUUCCUGUACUAUGUGUUUAUUCGUAUAAAACACAAAUUGCCUGUUUUUAAUCCAUUCAUAUUUCUGAUUUCAUUCAAUGGAUUUAAUGUUUAUUCAAUAAAUAUCACCGGCUAAAAAGUAAUUUGUACUUGAGUAGUUUUUAAGAGGGGUACUUUGUACUUUUACUUAAGUACAUUUUUAACACCAGUACUUUUACUUGUAAUUGAGUAUUAUUUUAGCAACUACUUGUACUUGUACUUGAGUACAAAUUUUCAGUACUCUUUCCACCUCUGGCCAAAUAUGCCCUCCCACAUGCCACACUGUGGCCUGGAAUGAUGUUCAUUGCUUUGAUAUUGUUAAUUAAUCUGUAAUGCAGUUUUUCAAGUGUUUUGACCAAAUGAAAUAGUCUUCAGGGGACCUGGGACGGCAUGGGUCAGGUCCAGUGUAUCAGCAUUUGAGCAAGCUUUACAACAAAGUGAGACAGUCCAAGAAACAGAACUUUACUCAAGAUAACCAGACCCAAGGCAUUAUGGAAAAAAGUCAAUGGGACCUAAAGAAGAUACGAUUCCAAAGACGCCGAGUCACAAGACUUGAUGACUUUGUGCAAACAAACCAAAAAAUGCAUGAUGCCCUGGUGCUGGAACACGCAGACAUGGAAAGAUGUCGGAAAAAAUCAUUUAAAGUGGACAUGGAGGUGUGGAGGAAAGGUCGAAGAGACCGGAAGCGUAAAGGUUUCUAUGUUUCUCCAUUGGACCUGUCAUUAAAGACAACCACCAGCUUGCCAAAAACAUGGCCAAACUUAAAUUUACAAGAUGAGGAACCCGCAGUCAUCCAAACACAGGAUUCAGAAGAAAUUAUUCAAUCAUCUGCUCAAACCACAUCCACUUUGACUGAGCAACAGGACACAAAGGACACCUUCAAUGACGCUUUAUCACAGCUAAAAGCCUUGUGGGAAAAGGAUGAAACGGAAGUGGUUGUUUCAGUGAUUCCCUCUCAAAUAAAAGGGAACAGCUUUCUAGUUCAUCACAGUGAGCUACUACCUCUUAAACCGCACAACUGGCUUGCAGGCGAGACUAUUGAAUGUCUCCUAUAUCAAACUGUGACUGCUCUUCAUUUGGAGAAGAAUGUUUACAUAAUGAACCACUACACAUCUAGUGUAAUUCUGUUUAAGGACAGAACAACAGUAAGGAGACAGAGUUUGUCCAAGGUCAAAUUUAAUGACUACAUGGCCAUUAUUUCAUUCUUUAACGUAGACCUCAACCAAUGGAAGCUUCUGUACAUUAAUGCAGCUGAAGGAUCUGUGUUUAUACUUGAUCCAUUAACCACCUUUGCAGAACAGGAGGAGUCAGAUGUUGCUGCCACUAAAUUCUGUGAAUACUUUCAGACCAGGACAAUCCACCACCUUCCAAGGGACUGGGUGGACAUUCAAUUUAGAGGGGCAAUAAUGCAACACCCAAUUCAACAAGAUGGCUGUAGUUGUGGUGUGAUGGUUCUCAUGGUAUAAUAACAAUAUUUAAUUCAAUGUUUUUGACUAUGUAUUUACUGUGCGUGUGAACCAUAUAGUAUGUUGUGAUCUACUUGGAGUACU